UCCGAUGCACUAUGUGGCGCUGUUUAGCGUUAGCGUCAUGGAUUUUUUUUUCGGUGCUCUGUUACUGAAAGCUUUGUAUCCUAGCAACCACAUUGACUACUGUUGCACGCUAUCGAUGUGAAGAAACUUAUAUUUAUUUGUUUAUUUACAUUUGCAAAUAUGGGGGAAGAUCAGACUCGCCGGGAGAGCCCUGUGUAUAUAUCCGUGUCACUCAUUGUCAAACGCAACCUGGCGACCUCUACAGAAAAACAGAAAGCUGAAGAAAUAAUUGAGUCUCUGAUGGGACUGGAGACAGUAAGGCUGGACAGGGAGAGACUCAGUGCCAUUGGAAACCUGGAGUGUCUGGGGCCAGUCCACAGUCUAUACCUGCAGCACAACAACAUUAAGAAGAUCGAGAACUUGGAAUUCCUAUCUAAUUUAAGGUUCCUGACACUUGCGGGGAACAAAAUCUGUAAAACAGAAAACCUCAAAUCGCUGGAGAAGCUGGGAUUUCUUGACCUCUCUGACAAUCUCAUCGAUCAUCUUGAUUUGGGUGAGAUGCCCAAGAGCCUGUUCAUUUUGAACCUCAAAGGGAACCCGUGUGUGAAAGAGAAAGGAUACAGGGACAGAGUGGCUGCAGCCCUGCCCUGUUUGAAGGAGCUGGAUGGGCAGUCUGUCGCCAGGAGGGUGGACUAUGAAGAAGAAAGGGCGGAGAGCUCGGAAGACGAGGAGGAAUAUGCCACUCACACACCCUGGUCACUGGAAAAAAUACACGAUUUCUUCAAUGAACUCAGUGAAGAAAUGUCCAGCCGAUGCACGCUGCGCAAGAACAAUGCCAAAAAGGAGCACGAGUGCAGAAUGGAUGAGAUACAGGACCUGAAGAACUCUGUAACAGGACUCACAGCUCCUGGCAAGCAAGCUGGCCAAGGAACACCAGCUAGCAGGGACUGCUCACUGCAAACCACUUUGAAGUCCAGCAGAGAAGCAAGCCAAGGGGGAGCGGGCAAGAAACCAGAGUCUUCUGGUCAAAAGCAAGCCGCUGCUACCGGUGUAGAAGGAGCCGCUGAACUGGCUACCAAAAGGACAGGUUCAAAAGUCAAUAGAAAGACAAUGGAUACCCCUGUGCAAAAAAGGACUGCGAACUCUGCUGCCAGUUCUGUCAAAAGGACAUCGGUUAGUGCCGGGGAUGCUAAAAGGAUCUCUCUAAGUAAUGGCGUGAAAAGAACAGCGGUUUGUAAAAAUAACGAUUCUGCAAAACCAAUUCCACUCCAUAGUGUGAGCAAAAGGACGUCACUGAGCGCUAAUGCAGCAGCACCGAGGAUCAAGAGUUCAGGGCUGAGUCCUAAGAAGGACAGCCCGAAAAAAGAUGCAGAGGCCGGCGUGUCUCAGACUGCAAAUGGGAAAGCGGCUCUCCCUGGGAAAACGACCAGCCUGUCUAAAGCUCAGAGGAACUGAAAUGUUUUGGGAGAGGGUUUAGAUUAUAAAACUAUAAUAACGGCGCGUCACAAUAAAUGUGAUUUUAUGAAAUAUUAUAAAGUACAGUAUGUAUUUAGGAGCUUGUGAGAUUGCAUUUUGUAAUGAGGCUGAUUGAUGGCUUUUUUGAGUCUGUAGUAUGUAGGUAAUUAUUUGAACGGAUAUUUUGGAUUUUCAAUAAUAAUAACACAAAAAUAAAAGAUUCCCACGUUGUGCUUUUUAA